AUGGGCUAUCAGUAUUUAAAGAAUUUUAACGAUUUCAUAGGAGCUUAUGAGAAUCUUUAUCACAUAAAAGCAGAUCAAUCUGUUGAAGAAAUUUCCAACCUUGUAGAAACUGUUUUAAUCUGCAAGUACAAAGGACCAAUCCACUUGUUAUUCAUGAGUAUAUUCAACGCGAUUAAGUACAAUUAUCGAUCAAUUGUUACAUAUGUCAAUAUUCUUAACAUCAUAUUGAACAAACAUUCAUUCAAAUAUAAAGAUUUAUUACGAUAUAAAACAUUAUACGAAUAUGGUGAUUUACUUUCUGAUGAAGUACAUAAACGAUUGCAUGCAUCGGAAAAACUGGAUACAAUUAAUCAAAUUGAAUUUGAUACAAAUACAUUUCCGAAAGAAGGUGAAAUUCAAUAUGUUUUAAUGAAUGAUCAAGUUGACAAGUUCAGAGAAUAUGUUACACAACAUCCAUUGGAAAGUAUUUCAAUAAGAAUCCCUUGUUUUGUAAGGAUGGAUCCUAUUGAAGCAUGUUGUUAUUUUGGAUCUGUCAACAUUUUCUUUUUCAUCAUUUCAAAUUAUGAAAUCAAAAUAUCCGAUCAAUGUUAUCAAUAUUCAUUCAUUGGAGGAAAUAUUGACAUUAUUAAUGAAAUCACGAAAAACAACAAAAUCGAUGAAAAAUGUUUUAGCAAUAUUGUCGCAUCCCAUAACAAUCAAUGUCUCGAUUAUGUAUUCGAAAGAGAUCUUUUUGAUCCAGAGUUUAUUAAUGGUGAUUUAAUUAUCAAGUCACAAAACUUGAAAAUCGUUUUCAUGUUGCUCGAAAAACACAAAGAUUUAAUUAUUCCAUGGUGUGCAGCAUUCCCACAGACCAUCGAUGUUCUGAUGAAUGAGAAUAUUGAUAUUUCUAAAAUAUCAUUAGCAGGAUGCACAGCUAUUCAUUAUUCAGCAGUCGGAAAUUGUAAAGAAAUUGCAGAAUUUCUUAUUUCACACGGUGUUGAUAUCAAUGUAAAAAAUGAUUAUAAUGAGACGGCUCUUCAUUAUUCACCAUAUAAAGAAACAACAGAAGUUCUAAUUUCACAUGGUAUUGAUAUCAAUUGGAAGCAGAAACAUGGAUACACAGCUCUUCAUUUAGCAGUCAAUAUCAAUAGUGAAGAAGUAGUUGAACUCCUUUUAUCGCAUGGUGCUAAUGUCAAUGCAAAAGAUAAAGAGGGAGAAACACCUCUUCAUUAUGCGACAAAAAAUAAUUGUAAAGGAAUGGUAGAGCUCCUAAUAUCAUAUGGUGCUGAUGUCAAUUCAAUAGAUAAAAAUGAAUAUACCCCUAUCUAUUGGUCUAUCAUAAAAAUCAAUAAAGAAAUUACCAAACUUCUCAUAUCACAUGGUGCAGAUAAAAAUAUUAAGUGUUUUUGUAUGAAAAGUAUGCUUCAUUUAGUUGCAGAUAUAGACAAAAAAGAAAUUGAAGAAUGGAUUAGAUCACAUGGGACAAAUAUCAAUCCGAUAGAUGAUAUUGAUUUAGAAGCUCUUAAGCUUGAAGCAAUGGAAAAUAUUAAAGAUAUUGCAAAACUCCUCAUAUUACAUGGAGUAGAUAUCAACUCAAAAGAUUACGAUGGAAAUACUCCUCUUCAUUUGGCAGCAAUUAGAAAUCUUAAAAACAUCAUCGAACUUCUUAUAUCGUAUGAUGCCGAUGUUAAUGCAAAAAAUGAUAUCGGAAAAACACCUCUUUAUUUUGCAAUACAAUUUGAUUAUAAAGAAAUUGUUGAGAUUCUUCUUUCCCAUGGUGCUGAUGUCAAUGCAAAAGAUAAUAGCGGUUUUACAGCUCUUUUAAUUGCUGCAUAUGCCUCUUGCGAAGAAAUUACAAGUCUUAUUAUAUCACAUGGCGCAGAUGUAAAUGCAAAAAGUGAUAAAGGUUUGACGGCAUUGCAUAUUGCAAUAAGGAAUAAUAAAGCAGAAACAUCGAAAAUUCUUAUAUUGCAUGGUGCAGAUGUUAAUGCAAAGGAAAGUAAGGGAAAUACUCCUCUUCACUUUGCUGCCAAAUAUUAUAGACAAUCUGUAAUAGAUCUUCUUUUAUCAAAUGGUGCAGAUAUCAAUAUAAAAGAUAAUAAAGGCAAAACAGCUCUAGAUUUAGCAACGGAAAUUAGUCAAAAAUCAACAACAGAAGAUGUUUCAUCAUAUCCACAAUAUUGUAGUGCAAAAGAUAAAGAAGGGAAAAUUCUUCUUACACCUGAAAUGGAAAAGAGAAAUAAUAAAAUUAUUCAACUUCUUAAAUCACAUGUGUCAUCGCAUAAUUAUGAAGAUUUUCCAGGAGCAUGA